AUGACGUCAUCCGGACAAGCCAGUACAAUAGGGCAAGAAAACCGGAUGGGCGUGGCCUCGGCCAGCCAUUAUCAAAGCAUGUCUUCCAACUACAACAUGCAUCAAGCUUAUCCAUCAUCCGCCUGGCCCGUGACAUGGGCAUCUGCUCACCAGAAGGCACCUGGUCAAUCUUCGGAGCCCUGUCACGUGCCACCGGGAUAUUACGGAACUGGACGAAGUGAAAAUGCCGAGUAUCAGUCAAACCAGCAUCACAGCCAGCCUCCUGUCUCGGACCUUUCCCUGAAUCCAUUUCAGUACGAGUCACAAUCUAUGUACCAGACAAACUGUCAACGAACAGCCCAAGAAUUUCCUUCAGUGGAACAGAAAUCUACCCCAGAGAGUUCAAAUAAUGAUGAUAUCCUGGACGUGGAGAGUUACUCCCCUUUCAGCGCUUCAACAAAUUCUCCCGCGACUUCUGACGUCAUACAGAAGACGGAUCCAGGCCCAUGUUCGUCAUCGUCAGCUGGAUACAGCAGUGGAUACCAGUCAUGUGACGCCAGCGCGGACAGCCCCACCUAUCCGCCAGUGACGUCAUUUCCACUUGGCAACACGAGCUGUGCAUCACCCGGUUUUGCCUCUUUUGCGGAAUCUUCUCCAACUAUGGCCCCCUUUCGAAAGCCGUCAUCGCCUCAAGGGACGUUCACAGGAUCAGCGUCUCCCUUCCCAUCUCAAACACCAUCAAUGGUGUCAUCUAAAAUGGCCACAAAGCAUGCUUCAACAGUUUCCUCCUGCCGUGGGCCUGUCAGUGUCAACGUGGCUUCCCUAGAGAGACUUCAUGCCACAACAGCGUAUUUGGAAAGAACGCAAAACCACACUGCGUGUAACAGACCAUCCCCAGUAGCGAAGUCGUAUCUCCAAGUACCGCACACUUCUGCAUCCUACCACGAACAGAGUUCUAGUUCCUAUCCGGAACCUCUACACGGCCAGGCACCAUACCCACCAAGAACCUACACCACUGCACCCUCACCAGGUAGAAGUGCGCAUGCUUCUUACCCAGAGGAAGCAACCGUCGCGGCAUCGUACCCGGACAAUUCGCUUACAGGAGCGACAUUCAAGGAGAUAAUGCCAGUCGCUGCGCCUUGUAUGGCACCACAAAACACCAGAACACCUUACCAAGCACUUUCUAUGUCCAGUGCAACAAGAUCUAUUCCUGCCCUAGAGGAUCGCAUCCAGGCCCCGGAACCCGCACCGACAAAGAAGCCACGGAUGAAAUACACCCCUGCUCAACUGCAAACCCUAGAGGCGUUCUUCGUGGAAUCGCCUUACCCGGAUUGGGACGAACUAGAAGAGCUGUCAAAGAAGUUGGACAUCGCUGAGCAAAAAAUUAAGGUAUGGUUCCAGAACAAACGCGCCCGAUGGAGGAAGAAGAACGCAGCCAAUGUGAAAACGGAAGUUCCAGCCCCUCGUCCUGCGCAACCCACACCUCUGUACGGUCUCCCUCACUCAUACCCGUCCAUGUACCCUGCUGCACAAGAUCGUCCUGUUCCAUUGUAUAACAGGCCUAUGUACAACAUGUGGUGA